UGAUGAAAGGGCAUCUGCUGUGUAAAACAUAUGCUGGAAUAGUUGGCAGUUCAUUCCUCUGUGGCGAUAAGAGAUUAAGCCAUAAAGAUAAGGAAUGAAUUGUUGGUCUUAAUGUGAAUAAUGAAUCAUUUAAUAAUGAAUUAAUCAGUCGAUUCGCUUGUUUUUGGUAGUCUUUAAUCAAAAUCUGCUCUGGAAUGGCUGUUCUUCUCUGAUUGGGUGAAAUAUGUUUAGCCACGCCCCUCAAGCCAUUAGUUUGCUAAGAGUAAAAAAUAAGGGGUGGGGUUAAAAUGAAACCCCACCCCCUAUGUAAUAUUCCGUUUUAGUUGGAAACGCAUCAUCAUACUGAAGAACAGGUCUUAGUGUGUGUAUGUGUGUAUGUGUGUGUGUGGAUAACUGAAAUUGUUUCUCUCUGAAACUGUGUGUGUGUAGAUCAGUGUGUGUAUCACUGUAUCUGCGAGUUUGUGUGGAUAACUGUGUGUGUGUGUUCAUUGUCUACAGAAAGCGCAGCACAGAUGUUAAUCAUGUUGAUGAAAAUGUCAAAGUUCAAGCGCUCUGAACACACACACACACACACACACACACACACACACACACACACACACUGAACUCUGCGUUUGGUUUUCUCUUAUUUGUAUGUUGGUUUCUGUAACAGUAUUAAAUGUGUGUAUCAGCAGAACACAGGAGGUUGAUGUUGAGGUUUUCCCCAUGUUUACACACAAUCAGAGGGAGAACAAGAGUGUGUGGGACAGCAGCUGUAUUUCUGCAUGCAGCGUGACGAAGAACACACACACAUAAACACACACACACACACUUCCAAAACAAGCCCAUGAAUUACUAAUGCAGGCUUUUGUUGCUUGAUGAACUGUCAUGAAAGACUCAUAAUAGAAGUGUGUAAGUGUAUAUAUGUGUGGGAGUGUGUAUGUGUGUUUGCACAUAUAUGUGUUUAUGUCUAUGUGUGUCUGUGUAUAUUUUUGUGUUUUGUGUAUAUUUGUGUUUGUGUGUGUGUGUGUGUGUGCACGCUCUCUAAAGAGUCAUGUAAGACUCAUAAUGGAAAGGUGUGUGUGUGUGUGUGUGUGUGUGUGUGCGUGCGUGUGUGUGUGUGUGUGUGUGUGUAUAAAUAUAGCACUCAGUCACUCAGAGCAGUGUGUUGAUGAUGAUGUCUGGCUCUCAGACGGUCAGUCUCCUGCUGCCGGCUGAUGAAGCUGGAGGUCUGUAUAUCCUGAUGCUCGUCUCGUUGUUUCCGCUCUACUACUGGAUCCUCAAAGCAGAGAGUCCUGAAGAUGAGCUGAAGAUUUUCUCCUUCGUCUGCCAUCGUCCUGAACAGCUGGAAAUACUGCAGGAGGAAACUAAAUUCAGCAAAACAGAGCUGCAGUUCCUCUACAGGGGCUUUAAGAACGAGUGUCCCAGUGGAUAUGUGAAUGAGAAAGUGUUUAAACUCAUUUACUCUCAGUUCUUCCCUCAGGGAGAUUCGUGUGUGUAUGCUCAUUUUCUAUUUGAGGCUUUUGAUACGAACAGAAAUGGCUGUCUUAGCUUUCAGGAGUUUGUCGCUGGUCUGUCGCUCAUCCUCAGAGGCUCCAUGUAUGACCGACUGAACUGGGCCUUUAAUUUCUAUGACCUCGAUAAAGACGGAUUCAUCACCAGAAAGGAGAUGAUGAACGUCAUGAAGUCCAUAUAUGAUAUGAUGGGGAAAUAUGUGCAUCCGGAGAUUAAUGAGGAAACUGCCAGAGAACAUGUGGAGAACUUCUUUCAGAAAAUGGACAGAGACAGAGAUGGAGUGAUCACUAUCGAGGAGUUCAUGGAGUCCUGUCAGAAGGAUGAGAACAUCAUGCGCUCGAUGCGGCUCUUUGACAGCGUCUUCUAGAAGUGUCUGCUCGCUCUGGAUUCAUCUCUCUCCUGUAUGAAUAUCUCUUUUCGUUUAGAGACACAAUGAACUUCAUCGGUGGGAUCUUCUUCUCUGAACACUAAGCUAAUAAGCAUUUCACACCUGUAACCCUGCUGUUUGGACUGAAGAUUGGACUGCAAAAAACCCUCUUUUUCAUUCUGUUCCAUUGCAGCCAUUUGCUAAAAUAAUUUGAGUUCAUUUUUCCCUUAUUAAUGUACACACAGCAGCCCAUAUUGAUGGAAAAACACAGAAUUGCUGACAUUUUUGCAGAUUUAUUAAAAAAAGAAAAACUGAAAUAUCACAUGGUCAAAAGUAUUCAGACCCUUUUAAAGUUGUCUAUUGAAGACAGAGUAAUACUGGAGUUUUACACAUUGUACAGUGACUCUGAUGUGUG